AUGGCAUCUGGGCCGUCAAGGACCGAGACAAGCUGUGUGAGAACCGUGUGCAGCCACGUGGCUCCUCUGGCUAACAGGAAUUAUGCCCGUGGAUUCUGCCGGUGGGGCCACAGCUGCCGCUUCUCACAUGACAGAAAAUCAGGCCGGGUCUGCAGGUACUUCCAGAGUGGGUUUUGCCGUUAUGGAGAGCAGUGCAGCUACCAGCACAUCCAGGAGGAAGCAGCACCAGAAGGGACCCAGUAUGGUCUGAUGCCCCGCCGCCCCUGCAGCCAGGAGCCUGGCACUGAGCCCACAGCUGUAGACCAGGACCAGGGGGGAGCCCAGUGCUCGGUCCACCCUGCCCACAGCAUGACAUGUGCGGCCUCCAAGCUCCCCAGAGUGAAGGUAGAAGUGGAACAGAAAGACAAGAACAUCCCAGCACUUGGUAACAUCACCUGUGAGGCCAUCAGUGGAGAAUUUGUUCCCACAAAAGCCCAGGGUGCCUCAGACUCCCAACCACAAGAGCCAGCACUGGAUCCGGACUCUGCUGACCCCACAGAGGCAGUUUUGGAGACAACCCCCCCUGCAAAGGUCCCUGCAGAGCCAGGUGCUGUGGCAGCCCUGGCCACCACCACGACGCUGAGAGCCCAGAGCGAGGCUGUAGUGUGUGGGAUCUGCAUGGACAGGGUGUACGAGAAGGCACUGCCGGAGGAGCGGCUCUUUGGGAUCCUCCCGAACUGCAGCCACGCGUACUGCGUGGGGUGCAUCCGCAGGUGGCGGCGCAGCCGGGACUUCCAGAGCACCGUCAUAAAUGCCUGCCCAGAGUGCCGGAUCACCUCCAGUUACUACAUCCCCCACAAAUACUGGAUCUCAGAUGUGGAUGAGAAAGAGGAGCUCAUCAGAACCUUCAAGGCACGGACAGGGAAAAUCAGGUGCAAAUUCUUCGCCCGUGGCCACUGCCCUUUCAGAUCAGAGUGCAUCUACCUGCACGAGCAGCCUGCCUGCCGGCCACGGCGGCACAGACGGCGGCGGCGGCCAAGGAUGCCCGCAGUGUUCAUCCCUUUUUCCUCGGAGAGCUCUGAUGAGGAGGAUGAGGAGUUGAGCGCGCUCGAUUGGGCUCUUACUGUGGCCUUGCUGGAGGAAGAAUAUCCCGACAGAGAGUGUGAACGCGAGAUGUUUCUCCACGAGAUACUUCUCACAGUCUUCAGUGAUUCCGACUGAGCCGCAGGGGCCUGGGUGCUGCUGGUGGCUGGGACACAUCUCCG